AUGAUGUCUGCGAUAACCAAAACUAGUAAGAUAUUUCGUGUACUUACGCACCAAUAUUCACCACGUGUUACAUGCAAAAGAAAUUUAAAUCUUCAAGAAUAUCAUAGCAAAGACCUGUUAAAAAAGCACCAAGUUUCUAUACAAAAUUUUCGACUUUUGGAUUCAUCUUUGGACUCUAAGGUGCUCUCCGACUUUAAGGCUGAUGAAUAUGUAGUUAAGGCUCAAAUAUUGGCUGGUGGAAGAGGGAAAGGUCAUUUUAACAAUGGAUUCAAAGGUGGUGUCCAUUUAACAAAGAAUCCGAAUGAAAUCGUAAACUUAGCAAAAAAUAUGAUUGGACAUAAGCUUAUCACAAAACAAACGCCUAAAGACGGCAUAUUGGUAGAUAAAGUAAUGAUAGCAGAGAGUGUUAAUAUAAAGAGAGAAACAUACCUGAGUAUUGUAUUGGAAAGAGCAUAUAAUGGUGCAGCUUUAGUAGCAUCUCCAGCAGGAGGAAUGGAUAUUGAAGCAGUGGCUGAGAAAACUCCUCAUUUAAUAAAAACUGUCCCCAUUGACAUAUAUGAGGGCAUAACAGAUAAAACUGCCAGAGAAGUUGCUGAGUUUCUAGAAUUUAAAGGACCUUUGCUUAAUAAAUGUGCUGAUGAAAUUAAAAAGUUAUGGCAGUUGUUUUUAAAGGUAGAUGCUACACAACUAGAAAUCAAUCCUCUAGUUGAAACUGAUGAUGGUAAAGUAAUAGCUGUUGAUGCAAAGAUUAAUUUUGAUGACAACGCUGAGUUUAGGCAGAAAGAAAUCUUUGCACUUGAUGACAAGUCUGAAACGGAUCCUAGAGAGAGAGAGGCAGAGGCUCAUAAUCUUACAUACAUUGAUAUGGAUGGUAGUAUUGGCUGUAUGGUCAAUGGAGCCGGCUUGGCUAUGGCCACAAUGGAUCUUAUUGUUUUAAGUGGUGGGAAACCAGCUAAUUUCCUGGAUCUUGGAGGUGGUGUGGGACAAGCACAAGUUUCAACUGCUUUGAAGAUACUGGAAUCAGAUCCUAAAGUAAAGGCAAUAUUUGUGAAUGUUUUUGCUGGUAUUGUAAAUUGUGCUCUGGUUGCAAAAGGUAUUGUUGCUGUAUGCAAAGAAAAUCUACCAAAGCAUCCAAUAGUGAUUCGUUUGGAAGGAACAAAUGCAGCUAUAGCCAAAAAAAUCCUUGAAGAAUCUGGUCUGCCGUUGCACAUUGUAAAUGAUGCUGAUGAAGCAGCAAAAAAAGCUGUUGCAUUGGCAGAAUCAAAAUAA